GAGACAGGCAGUAUUUUUGACGGAGGAGGUAGAGAGGAAAGAGAAAUUUUUAUGUGAGACUGGCAAGCUUCUAUGCUUUCUCGCUCGCUUCGUGGUGAAAUGUACACACUCUCCUCGGAUAGAAAGUUUAUGCCGCAUUUUUUUUUCUUCCAUCGACUGAAAGCGGCGACCUUAUAUCUCACCUCAAGCUCCGGGCUCUGUUAAAGCGAACGCGCGAUUUAUCACGGCAGGUGAAUAAUUUCGGCGAGUCCCGCGGAUAUUUUCGAUCGCUGGUUUCGGCGCUUCAGAAUGGCUCGUGGACAACAAAAGAUACAGUCUCAAGCUAAAGCGGCGGAAAAAAGUGCAAAAUUAAAGAAACAACAGGGCCAUAGCGCCAAUGAUCAGAAGAAAGCGGCGCAGAAAGCACUUGUACACGUGUGUUCUGUUUGCAAGGCUCAAAUGCCGGAUCCUAAAACUUACAAGCAACACUUUGAGAAUAAACAUCCGAAGAAUGAUCUGCCUGACGAUUUAAAAAAUAUAUGAGGGUAUGAACUUUUGUACAGUGAUAAUUGGGCUAGGGUACAGGAAAAAUGUGUUGCAACUGACAAAGUGAUAUAGUUCAACGUUCAUCUGAUCAUUGCAUAGUUUCAGAAAAUGAAUAAAACCUUGUUAGUGUUUUAACUGAUCUAUUGCAUUAACAGAUUGUUGUGCACCACUCAGAACGUUAAAGACAUAAUUGAUGAAUUACUUAUAAAAAGUCUUGAUUUGUAGAAGCCAAUAUACUUUUUUCACGUGAGAAUAAUUACAUAUAAUCUUGUGUACGUUUUUAAAUAAAGUUGAUAAACUCGAUGGCGCAAAGAAUAUAUAUUUCAAUGUAAGAAAGGAGUGAAUAUAGCAUUAAUUUCCUAUUUCUGUUACAAAGAGAGAUAAUAUAUAAAAUAUAAAUGACUAAACAGAUUUUAAAUCAUUUUUUGUAUAUAUUAAAAAAGAAGAGUAUUUUAAAAUAACAAAGCUUGAAAAUUUAUGAAAAAUGUUUCCUCAUUAUGAAUCUUAUUUUGUAUUGUAAAUUAUGAAAGAAUAAUAUAUUCUGCCAUUGAUUUUGUUGCAUUUAACUUAUACAUAUUUUGAUAUAAGAGCUCAUAAAAGCAAUUCUUCAAGUUACAAGGUUGAAUAUAAUGCUGAAAAAUCUUUAACUACACAACUGCCAAUUUAUAGUUGAUUGUAUUGUAUGCUCUUUAAAAUAAGAACACACAAUGUAUAGCUAAA